AUGUCCUUAACGCUGAAUGGCCCCAAAAGUCAUAUUGGAUUGUCCAAGAAAACAACGACUAGUAAUGUUACUAAUGCUACUACCAACGGCUCUAGCUCAUCAUCGUUGCAGAUUUCGCAAGACACGCUAAGUACGUGUCGAGAGACAAAAUACUUUAGUUACCAUCAUGGUGCUUCAAUUACUUCUCUUGACUUUGACGAUUCUGGUCAAUACCUCAUAUCAUCGGGUGUAGAUAAGUCAAUUCAACUAUACGAUUGUUACAAAGGAGUACAUUACAAAGACAUUCAAUCCCAAAAAUAUGGAGCGCACUCGGCCAGAUUUACCCACGAAGGUCUCAAUUGUUUAUACGCGUCGACGCCGGACCCAUUGAGCACCACCGAGGCCAACGAAGACACUAUUCGCUACUUGUCACUAUCAUCGAACCAAUACAUUAGAUAUUUUAAGGGCCAUAAAGCCCAGGUAAGCAAUAUUGAGGUUAAUCCUUUGCAAAACACCUUCAUGAGUACAAGUUUUGAUAAAACAAUCAAGUUUUGGGAUCUCAAGGCAUCAACGCCAACGGGGAGCUUAAGUGUUGGUAAUAAUAUUGUAGCAGGCUACGACCCUCAAGGAAUAGUUGUUGGAGUAGGCAAUGGCCCCUCUUUAACGGAUGGUUCUAGGAUCGGGAAAAUCAGCUUGUACAACCUUAAGAACUACGAUAUGGGUCCAUUUAUAGAAUGCCAAGUAGCAUGCAUGCCCAAACAAGUUUGGAAUAAGCUCGAAUUUUCAAAUAACGGGAAACUCAUUUUGAUAUCUACAGACACUUGCGAGCACUACAUUUUAGAUGCAUUUCUGGGUAAAACACUAGCCAUUAUCCGACUAACAUACAGGAAAGAUGACAGAUGGAUGUCUACGAAAUAUCCAUACUCUGGAUGUUGUUCUUUCACUCCUUGUGGCAAAUAUGUGUUGGUAGGCAGCCCGAAACAUAUCAUCCAUAUCUUCAAUAUGGCUGAUCUAAAGCCAAACGCAGAAAAGCCCACAAUAUUCUCCAGGUCUACAGAAGUGCUCAAAUCAUCACAUGGCGUGCCAAAGAUUGUAAUGUUUAAUCCAAAGUUGUACACUUUUGCAUCUGCCGAUACAGGUGUCACACUUUGGCAGCCACAGGAAGAAUAA